UUAGUAACUUACAGAAAAAUAACAACUUAAUCAAUUACAUACACACAUUGAUACGAUUUUCAAGCAUACAAUUUAUUAAUUAUGGUUCUGACGCGAUUGCUGGUUAAGGAUGGCGGGUUUGGCACCCAGAUGACCGUGCAUGUGGGCAACUCCGUCGAUGGUGAUCCGUUGUGGAGUGCACGCUUCAAUGCCACCAAUCCAACGGCCGUCAUCAAUACCCAUCUCGAUUUUCUGCAGAAUGGCGCUGAUAUGAUACUGACAAACACAUAUCAGACGAGUGUAGAGGGCUAUAUGGAAUAUCUGGAGCUGGAUGAGCAGGAGAGCAUUGAGCUAAUCAAGAACACUGUACAACUGGCGCACGUGGCCAAAGAAAAGUAUCUAACCGAAUGCUAUGAGGCGCAGCUGGAAGUGAACGAAGGUUACCCGCUGAUUAUUGCUUCGAUUGGACCAUUUGGCGCUCAUCUGCACGACGGAUCCGAGUACACGGGCGAGUAUGCGGAUUAUGUGGCCCCAAAAACCAUAACCGACUGGCAUCGCGUCCGCAUUGAGGCCUGUCUAGAGGCGGGCGUGGAUGCGUUGGCUAUUGAAACGAUACCCUGCCAAAUGGAGGCAGAAGCAUUGGUUGAGAUGCUCUGCGAUGAUUAUCCCGACGUGAAAUUCUGGGUGGCAUUUCAAUGCAAGGACGAGAGCAGGCUGGCGCAUGGCGAAGAGUUCGCUGACGCUGCGAAUGCAAUUUGGGACAUAUUGCGAGAGCGAAAGGCGUUGGACAAUUGCCUCGCUGUGGGCGUGAAUUGUGUGCAUCCCAAGUUUGUGACUCCGCUCUUCAAAAGCCUGAAUGGUGAGCGUAGCGUGGAGGAACAAAUCCCACUAGUGGUCUAUCCAAACAGCGGCGAGGUCUACGAUGUGACAACAGGUUGGCAGGGCCGUGAACAUUGUGUGCCGCUCGAGAAAUAUGUGCCGGAAUGGGCGCAGCUGGGCGCGAAAAUCAUUGGUGGCUGCUGCAGGACCUAUGCCCGGGACAUUCGGCACAUUAGCGAGGCCGUCCACGCCAUUAAUAAUCACAAAUAAGUCGCUUGAUCUAGAAAUCCAUGUAAAUAAUUGUAUUUAGAUUGUAAAUAAAGGCAAAACUAAAAAAAA